AUGAUUCAAUGCCCCAAACUGGAGGCUGAUGAGGCUCAAUCACGAUGUGAAAAUAUCUUCUCAUUUAUCGUCCUCCACGACAUCGCUUCCGCGCGCUUCUUUCGCGUAGUGAUGGUUCUUCGGGUUGGUGAAGAAGGCUUGAACAGUCAUCAGGUAAUUAAAUCAGAAUCAACCCGUUCACAAUUUGCUAAAACUGUCGCCAUAUUGACAGAAAUCGAUCGUUGUGCAUCGUCUACUGUUCGCGGUAAAGACGGUUUGGACAACAUUCGAGUGCAGCGGAGGCGAUAUCGUGGGAUGAUGAGAGACGGCAGAUGA